AAUUUGUUGGGUUGCCAUUUUCAUUUCUUUCUCUUCAACACCAGGUUCUUUCUUCAAAUUCCAUCCCAAAAGAUUAAAACUUGAAGAAGAAUUCGAAUUCCGAAAGUAAGAGGCUGUGGUGAAGGAGAAAUAGAAUGGAGGAAUUAAUGGCGGCAAGAUACUGGUGUCAUAUGUGCUCCCAAGUGGUGAAUCCCAUCAUGGAAGUGGAAGUUGAGAUCAAAUGCCCAUUUUGUCAAAGUGGAUUUGUUGAAGAAAUGGGCAGUGGUAUUGGAGACAGUCCAGAUGCUGAUUCUGAUUUUGGAUCUGAUCGACCCCUCCCUCUGUGGGCUCCCAUCUUGUUUGAUAUGAUUGAUAAUUCCCGCCGCCGCAGAACAUUUAGACGCAUUGAGGAUGAUGAUGAUGAUGAAGAUGAUGAUGAUGAUAAUGAUGAGAAUGAUGAUAGGGAGACUCGCCAUGGGGGAGAGACUCCAGUGGACAGGGAACUUGAAUCCUUCAUGAGGAGGAUUAGGAGGAGGAGAAGUUCUGCUGCAAUCCGGCAGUUGAUUCAAGGUAUUCAUGCUGGAAUGAUAUCUGAAUACGAGAAUUCUGAGAGUGAUAGGGAUAGGGAAAGGGAAAGAGAGCGUUUUAUUUUGAUCAAUCCUCUCAAUCAAACUAUCAUCAUACAGGGUUCUUUUGAUUCUAACCAAGGUGGUCAAAACCAGAAUGCAAGCCCCAUUGGAUCCUUAGGUGAUUAUUUCAUUGGUACUGGUUUGGAUUUGUUAUUGCAACAUCUGGCAGAAAAUGAUCCAAACAGAUAUGGGACUCCACCAGCGCAGAAGGAGGCAAUAGAAGCAAUGCCCACUGUGAAAAUUAAGGAGAAUUUGUCGUGUUCAGUAUGUUUGGAUGAUUUUGAGAUUGGCACUGAAGCAAAGGAAAUGCCAUGUGGACAUAAGUUUCAUAGUGGGUGUAUAUUGCCAUGGCUGGAGUUUCAUAGUUCUUGUCCAGUUUGCAGAUAUCAGUUGCCUGCUGAUGAAUCAAAACUUGAUUCUGAAAGGUCAACGAAUAGCACCAAUCAAACAGAAAGUGAAAACAAUGCCCAUGGUAACGGUGAAGAGAGUGAUGGGGUUGGGAGAAAUAGGAAUGGGAGAAGGUUCUCAAGCCUAUGGCCUUUCAAUGGUUUGUUCUCCUCAAGCGGAAGCAACUCAACCUCAACUUCUUCAGGCUCUUCAUCUGGAAGUCCGCCUCAAGGGAACGAGAACUGAGUACUUUUGUUAAGUUUGUUGUUCUACCAUCGUGUUCUCUUAUGUUGCUUGAAUAUUCUGUCCUGCUUUAUGUACAUAUUAUCCUACUCAAGGAAUCCGAGUCUUGAAAGAACACAUUAUGCUUUUAUAUAUCAUGCUUUUCUUAUUGAUCUUAUGCGGCCUUAAGAGAAUUUCAGCUGCUUUUGUUUCACUGACUCCAGGUAUGUUUACU